GACUGAUCUCACACAUGAAGCUGUUUAAUUAGGCAGAUAAGGACCUGGGCUACUCUACUUUGCGGACGGUGUUUGUAGCGUGUGUGAGGCGGCGGCAGGUGUGCUGUGCUUUGCUUGUUGGGGAUCGGAGCGAACGCUGGAAUGUGUCGUGUUUACAUAAGAGCAGAGUCCCAUGUGAGGUAGAGUUUCACGGCUGCGUUCAACAGCGUCCGGUUUGACUGGAUGUUCUUCUGAUGGAGCCCCCUACGUACGAGGAGGCCAGUCGCCACCCUCCUAACGCAGAGGGAUUUAGCUUCACCCCUCCCCCUGCCUACGACACCUCCUUCUCCUUACCCUCAACACCUCCUCCCACCUAUGGAGAAGCAGUUACAGUCCAGACAGAUCCCUUUCCUGUCUUGACCCCCCCCUCAGGUCUGGCCGCUGUGACCUCACCUCCCCGACGCGCUGGAGUGACCACGGUGCACCCCACUACGCAAGUCGGCGUAACAGCGCCCGUCUCCAGGGGACAGCCUCAGUCGGUAGUAGUGACUCAACCCGGCCCCAUCGCGGUGACCUGCCUGAGGGACACCUCCGGCUACGUGUGCUGCCCACACUGCCACCACCUCGUCAACAGUGAAGUCACAUACUCGCCCGGAAAGUCUGCUUGGUGCUUGUGCAUCCUCCUCAUGAUGAUGGGCCUGGUCUGCGGCUUCUGCCUGAUUCCGUUGAUGGUGCGAGGGCUGCAAGACGCACAUCACACCUGUCCACGGUGCGAGAAACCCUUACACGUUUACGUCAGGUGAUGACGUCAGCGUGCACCCCGCUCUUCAGAGUCCACACACACAUGGGAUCUCAUGACACAUUUGCGUCACAGUUCGGAUGAGUUACCUCAGAAGGUAGGAAGGAGCGUGUUAUCAGCAGCACGCGCUCAACGCAGAGACGGACAGAGGGGAGGUUUACAGCGGAGGGAGCAGAUUUAAAACGUUACAUGGACAUUUUUUGUACUUUUUUUUCCGUUGCUGCUGCUCCAACCUGUCUCACUGAUGGACUCUUUGAAAGCACAGAGCUGCUUUUUACCACACGAAGGACACAAUUUUCACCUUGUUACCUUGUGAAACCCAUUGUGCACGGGGUGACCGUUCAAUGCCAAAUCUUCAGGACAUCACUUUAUGAAUCGUGUUUCAUCUCUGACACGUGCAACUCCUCUUAAGCUGAUGUAUUACCACACAUGUGAAUUCUUGUAUAAAGCAUCCUUCACAGGGAGACUCACACAAUAUCAUUUUAUCCUAAAAACACCCCCUCGGUAAGAAUAUAUUGCGGUGGGUGUUCAUUAAAAUCUAAUGUGAGCAUGCCCCAGAUAUGCAGAGGCAAAAAGACGAAAAGACAAACAGAGGCGACAUUUAAGAUUUGCACAUGGAAAACCCAUCACCUUAAGAGGCUGUCAUUUAUUUUUUUUCUUUAAGGUCACUUAAUGAUUAAUAAAAGCAAACACAGACGAUGAUUUUAAUUACUCUGUGGGCGUUUGAUUGACGUUUCCCUCUUGUUCCUUUUAUCUCUAUUGCACAUGUUAGGGUGUGACUAAUGACACCUUUAUUACCCUUGUACAAUGAAGUGGGUUGGCCUGGUUCAAUGCUGUUACGCUGCUCCGCCCUGCAGCUUUCAAUCAGUCAGAUGAAAUCGCAUGAACGGCUUUAAUGUGAUUCAAACACGAAUAACACUGGAUUAGAGCUAGUCAUCCAAACUGAUUGAUGCUUAAAAUUUUUAAACCACAGGACAAAUAAAACUGUCUUAAAAAUAAUGAUGUUAUUGUUCGCUAUUAAAGAUAUGUUUACACCA